AACUAGAAACCGGGAAUAAAAUAAUAAUGAUGCCUAUAAAUAUAUAUAUAUUAUCUAAAAUUUAUUUUCAAAAAUUUAUGUUGUUUUCCGAGUUCGGAUUUUCCAAGAAUUUUUAUGAGCUUCAUCACCGUUGCUCGACUUUUUUAGUUUGGUCGUCUGGUAGUUAUUUGAACUUAUGUGCUUUGAAAUAGUUUUGGGUGUUUUGCGGUGAUUUCAGGCAACUGGUUUUGGAUUCUCUCUGUCUCUCUGUCUCUCUAUCUCUCUGAUCUCUCUCUCUCCAGCCGGUUUGAUAUUGUUUAUGGUUUGGUGAUUUGAACCCAAUUGCUCUGGGUGUGUUGGUUGGUUGAAACCUCCUCGGAUGGUGUUGCGUUGUUUGAACUGAAUUCUUCUCACUCUCUGGGAUUGAAUAUUUUCUUUCCAAGUCUAUAUAGGAUUGCCAGGGGUGAAUCGGCUUAGCUUGCUCUGAGUACUGUGUUUCAUUCAGGUUUUUGGCAAACAAAUGGCGAACAAUUUCAACUUUAGGAACUUCGGGACAGACCCACCAGGUGAGUCUAACGAAAACGGAAGGCCGCCGGAAAACUUCCCGUUAACGCGGCAGCAGUCGAUCUACUCGUUGACCUUCGACGAGUUGCAGAACACCAUGGGGGGCAGCGUAGGCAAGGACUUUGGUUCCAUGAACAUGGACGAGCUACUCAAGAACAUUUGGAGCGCCGAGGAGACCCAAACCAUGGCCAACUUCUCCGCAGGUACCGCACCAGAAGGUACCGGAGGCCCACCUGCUGGCGCUGGGCACUUACAGAGGCAGGGUUCGCUGACGCUGCCCAGGACGCUGAGCCAGAAGACCGUGGAUGAGGUGUGGAGAAAUAUAUCCAAGGAUCAUGUGACUGGAAAUGGAAGCUCAAGUGUGCCGCAGAGGCAGCAGACUUUAGGGGAGAUGACUUUGGAGGAGUUCCUGGUCAAAGCUGGGGUUGUGAGAGAGGACACCCAACUGGGUGCCAAGCCUAGUACCCCAGGAUUCUUUGGCAAUAGUGGUUUAGGAAUUGGGUUUCAGCAGACUGGUGGGGUUGCGGGAUUGAUUGGAAAUCGGAUUCCAGAGAGUAGUGAUAAUCAAUUUUCUAUUCACUCUUCGAAUUUGCCACUGAAUGUGAAUGGUAUCCGAUCGGAUCAGAUGCAGUUGUCGCGGCCUCAGCAGCAGCAGCAGCCCCAGAUUUUUCCUAAGCCGGUUACGGUGGCCUAUGCAACAAAUCAGAUGCCUCAGAUGGGCAGUCCAGGAAUGAGGGCAGGAAUUGUGGGGAUAAGCGAUCAAAGUUUGAGUAGUGGGUUGGUUCAAGGUGGAGGGAUGGGAACUGUUGGGUUAGGAGCCGGAGCUCUUAGUGCUGCGACGGGGUCGCCGGCGAACCAGCUGUCAUCAGAUGGGAUAGGGAAGAGUAACGGUGAUACGUCGUCAGUGUCGCCGGUUCCUUAUAUGUUUAAUGGUGGUUUAAGGGGGAGGAGGUCUAAUGGGGCUGUGGAGAAGGUAGUUGAAAGGAGGCAGAGGAGAAUGAUUAAGAAUAGGGAGUCAGCUGCGAGGUCUCGAGCUCGAAAGCAGGCUUAUACCAUGGAAUUGGAAGCUGAAGUUGCAAAGUUAAAGGAGGAGAACGAAGAAUUGCGGAAAAAACAGGAAGAAAUUACGGAAAUGCAAAAGAAUCAGAUGGAUUGAAGAGUUUUAGAUAUUCAUUUGCAGCCAAAAAUAAAAAGAUAAACCAUGAAGCAGGAAAACACCAGAGGAUGAAUUGUGGAGAACUCCAAUUGGGUUUAGUACCAUUUUCGUUGAUCUCAUUGUUGAUAAAACAUUUUUUCUUCAAAGAGAUAGAAAUGAUGCUGAUAACUCAACUUUACCAACAAAUGGUUGUUUCUCAUUUUUCUUGGCUGCUCAAGAGUCGUUGUGUCGUUCUGAUAUCAUCUGUUCGAGGAAAUUUACCUUCCCAUAUCAAAUCACAAUGAUUUUUUUUCCAAAAAUUAGGUUCCAAAAAUUAGGUUUUCAUAAAUAAUUCCAUUGUCUCUAGUGGUUGGUUCUUUUGGCCCUUUGUCCCAUCCUUGUGACACUUCCAACUCCAAAAAAAUUGCUACUCCUCUGCAGCCACUACUCUACUUGCUCAAUAUGGAACCAGCUCAAACAACUUGAUUUCAUUGUUAAUUUUGGUCAUAAUUCUGCUAGAGACCAGCUAGGGAAAAAGAGAAGUAAUUAGCAACUAAAAGAUGAGCGAGUUUUGUGAGAAUUCUUGUAUAUUUAGCAAGUUCUCAAAGCAAUGAACUAGUUUACAGCCAGAUUCAGGAUGGAGUAACAUGAUUGAAUUCGACAAUGAUAAAUAAGCUUUUAAAUACCGGAAUACAUGGAUCGAUUAGAGACGAUUAGGCCUGUUAAAGAUUAUUGGAAAUUAUAUAGACACACACUAUAGAUUUUAGUUCAAUAUGAGAUCCUUGAUGUGUCUUUAUUAGAGAAGUUUUUCAAUUUUUGGUUAUUUUUAACUUUUUUUUGGGCCAUCAUGUCUUUCUCUACCAAACUAUGAAACCUUGGUGUGUUUAGUCGCAAUGAGUUCUGUGGCUCCAUUUAUAUGAUAUUGAAGAAGAUAAGUGCUAGGUCUACAUAGGUCUUUUAUAAAAGUAAGUUUACACGUUGAUGUGGCUUAAAAUGAUAUGUUAAAUCUACUUUACAACAAAAUGUACUUUAUAAUCUAACGCACUAUAUCAAGCCGCGUCAGUUUGUAAAGUUUUUUUUUGUAAGAUCUUUG